AAAAAUAAAUUCUUGACAAAUAAAUUCCUGACAAAUUAAUUCCGCAAUAAUUUUUCCCUGCUAAAAUUUCUUACUGAAGGUAUAUCGGAUAAGAGUUGUGAAAAUCGGGGAAGACGGAUUAAACAUAAGAAAGCCCGAUGAUGGUGUGAAUGAAAAACACUGACGUGAUUAUUAGAUGCUUUUUCGAGCUGUUUAAAACGAUACAGGGAAGUAUAAAGAAGAUUUUUUCCGGGAAAAUUGUUUUAUCAGAUAAACAACUAUAUAAGGACGACAGCUGUUCAGACAAAUUCAUUUACAGAUGGAACAUGACACGAGGCAAAUGUUGUAAUAAAAAAUUACGGGUGACACUUAUGGGUGGAACCGGAGUCGGAAAAAGUGUUAUCGCGCGCCGUUUAAUUGGUAAAGAAGAGAUAGAUGUUUGCAAACCAACUAUUUUUGAUUAUUAUGAAGAAAUUGUCGAAAUCGGAGAGGCAAGUGUAUUUUUGGAAAUCAAUGAUACAUCAGGAAAUUUUUGUUUUCCGGCCAUGGACAAAUUAACCAUGGAACAUACAGACAUUAUAGUGAUUGUUUUUUCACUUGAAGAACUUGGUUCGUUUGAACACGCAAUGAAUAUCCUGUGUAAUCGCUGCACAGAACAAACGCUGCCGGUAAUUUUCGUUGGAAAUAAAAAAGACAAAAUUUCUAACCGAAAAUUACCUUGUGAGGAAAACCUAGAAAACUAUAUAAUGUGUCAACUGAAUAAGUCGUACAUCGAAAUGUCAGCUCUUUACGACGACGCCGAAAAAUUAUUACGGAGAAUAUAUGAAGAUUACGAAAUAGCGCAUGGACCUUACCAUGUCCGACAAAAAAAAUCGAUCAUAAAAAAUGUCAAAUCGAGGUUUGCUAGAUCUGUUCAGUCUAUAUUGCAUGGUCACACGAAGAAUUAAUGUUUAAUUAGGUACAUAUAAUGUAAAUUAUGUAAAUGAUAUAUUUUUAUAAUGGUGAUGUAAAUACAUAGCGAAGUGGUUUAUUAAUACAAAGAUAUAUAUUUUUACAACAUAUUUUCUGACAUCACCGCAAUCCUAUAU